UCAAAACUUUUCCACGACUGAGCCGAAAAACUAUUUAGCAGGAAUGACGUUGCUGCUCACAUUUUAGGAUGAGAAAUGCGACGUGACGAAGUUUGUUUAAAUCUUGCAACAAACACAAACUAAGCUGCUGUCCGGGCAACAGAGGGAAAUCUCUCCCAACUUGAUUUGCAAUUAAUGACUUCUGUAACAUCAGCAUGUUCGCGUUAUCUGCGUAAAGUGUCCAUGCAAGAAGGAAAGUUUCCACCUCGAACAUAACCAGUAGCUCAUAAAUCAUAAUUUUCACCAUGGCCUACCAGGCUGGGAUUCAAGAGGACCCCAGCGUUUUGGUUCAGAACAUCAGUUCUAAUAUCCAAAGCAUCACACUGCUGACCUCUGAACUGCAAAGGACAGUGUCUUCCCUGGGAACAGAGCAGGAUACCAGCCAGCUGAGACAAACACUCCAACAGAAAGUACAGCGAGGCAACCAACUGGCCAAAGAAACUGAUCGACUCAUCAAAGCCUUUAGUACCCUUCCCAUUGGGCCCGAUCAGCGGCAGAGGAAACUACAGAAAGACCGCCUGCUGAACGACUUCUCUGCCGCGUUAAACAGCUUCCAGAAGACGCAGCGGCAGGCAGCCGACAAGGAGAGGGAGUUUGUAGCCAGAGUUCGAGCCAGCUCCAGAGUGUCGGGAGGUCAGCCUGACGACAGCUUUGGACAUGCUCCUCCAAGUUACUCCCAGAUGCAGGAUCAGACUGAGGCCAUCACUGAAGAAGACCUGAGGCUGAUCCAGGAGAGAGAGUUGGGCAUCCGGCAGCUGGAGUCUGACAUCACAGACAUAAAUGACAUCUUUAAAGACCUGGGCAUGAUGGUCCAUGAGCAGGGAACCAUGAUAGACAGUAUAGAAGCCAAUGUGGAGAACGCAGAUGUCAACGUGCAGAAUGCCACACAGCAACUGUCACAAGCUGCAAACUACCAGCGGAGCUCGCGGAAGAAGAUGUGCAUCCUGAUGGUACUGUUGGCCGUUGUUGCUGUUGUAAUUGGACUUAUCAUUUGGGGCGCUCUUAAGCAAUGAAGUCCUCCUCCUCACCUCCGGUUUGGUCAUCAGCCUGGACAACGCGUCUCUGGCGUUCCUCGUCUCCUCUCAUCCUACUUUAACAGGGAUGUAAUUGAGUUUUUCUGUCUUUCUUUGAUUUGAUCAUUAUUUUUUACACGACGUAGUUCUUGCUGUCAGGACUGGACACUCCUUUACUGUGAAGAAAAAAGUAGCGCUGCUUGCUUUAAUGGGAUCAGCUUUAAUUAAAUUAGCUUUGCUCCUGUUAGGAACGGUCUACUUUAAGAUCAGAAGAGGAGUCAUUACAGGUGAACGGCUCCAUUCACUGCUCUUUGUUUCCCAAACAACAUUCAGUCUCUCUAGUGAGCUGAAAUGGUAAAUACAACAGCGCGGGCGGUUUGUGGAGGAAGGUUAGAGGUGAUUGUCCGUCUGUCUGCUGCAGCUGCUUCCUGUUAUCUGUUUAGAUAUGAAAAGUCCACAUGUUGGGUCAAGUGCAGCAUGAAGCGUGGCUUUAAACACACAAAAGCUGGCCAUGGUCCAUAGUACAUCACCAGCUCAUAACUGUGCAGCGAUUCAAGAGACAAAAGCCUUUUUAUGAUGCGCAUCUAUCUUAUUUUAAAUUGUUAUUAAUCACCAGUCAGUUAGAAUUAUAAAUCCAUAUUUAGACACAGGGUGUCUUAUAGCAAUCUGACAUAAUCCCCAUCUAAGUCCUGUGAUGCACCAGCAGCCAAUUAUUUCAAGAAAAAAAGGAAAAAGAGGAAGAUAUUACCAUUAAAUUAUGCCUUGUGCUUCCUUUUUUUUCUUUUUUUUUUUUAAAUUGAUUAUCAAACGAAAAAUAUAUAUCCAUAACAUGUACAUGUAAGGGGUCAGGUACUUCCUGGAGUUGUUCCUGGUUUUUGUUCACCAACUGUGUUGUUAUUUAUGUAAGGCUCCUGAACACAUUUUCAAUCGGUUUUGUUAAUUACACCUCAUUAAAGAUCAUCAGUGUUAAUGUUGUUGAUGAUGAGGAAAUUCUGACGGUGCUUGUUAAGUAUGAGCUGCGUGUUAAUCAUUAGUGGGAAGAGACUACUGUCACAGUUUUUUGUGACUGAAGAGAUUAUUAUUCAUUGAUUAUUAGUUGUAUCAUAAGUUUGAAGAUAACAAACGUUAUACCCCAAAUCAGUGUAAAGUACAGGCAAACACUAAUAAUGCUGCGGUCACAACAACUUGACUCAAAUCUGAAAUGAUCACUCAUGUUUUUAAGACGGAUAUUUAACUGCAUGAAAUUUGAUAAAUAAAUCACUGAACCUUGAAGAGUGGUUGUCAUGUUUACGUGGUUAUGUCAUAUUGAAAAUACUGUAACAAUACACCAUUAAUUUGGAAAUGUUGACAAUGCUACUUUAAGUGAAGAUGGUCUUAUUUCUAUAAU